AUGGUGAAGAGUGCGCGUAGUUCGUGUGUGCCGUUCGUGGUCGACCGUCGGUGCGCCGAUAUGUUGUUGCAUGAUAGCAAGGCAGUGAGAGGGGCUGUACAACGGAGACGCUCAGGUCCCUGCGGAGUUCCAUGCUGUCCUGGGGCAGGGCCGGGGGCUCCGCAGGCAGCUCAAAAUCUAUGCCUGCACUUGGCAGCCACCAGAUCCAGGCAUAUUCAAGUGGCGAGGAAGCUGUCAGUGAAUGCGACGCUCAAGGCCUGCUGGUCGCGGGCGCCACCGCCGUGGUUAGAAGACGACACGCCAUAA